AUGCUUCGAAUAAAAAGUGGUAGACAAGAAUAUAUUCCACUUCAACGAGUGAAUAUUUCAGCUACAAUUCAAUCAUAUGGUGCUGAUGUAUGUAUUACUCAAAUAUUUCGUAAUGAUGAACAAACAUCAAUUGAAACUGUUUAUUGUUUUCCAAUUGAAGAACAAGCAGCUAUAUACAGUUUUGUAGCCCGAAUUGAUGAUCGAGAAAUUAUUUCUAUAUUAAAAGAGAAAACGAGAGCACAACAAGAUUAUAAUAAUGCUUUACAAGUUGGUCAUGGAGCUUAUCUAUUGGAACAAAAUGAUCAAUCACAAGAUAAUUUUAUCGUUAAUGUUGGUGCUAUUCCAUCGGGUAAAGAAUGUCAAAUAAGUAUUUGGUAUGUUUCUGAAUUGGAUCUUGUUGAAAAUGGUACUAAGAUACGAUUUGUUCUUCCAACAACGAUUGCUCCUCGUUACAAUCCUUAUCAAGGUAGUAUCAGUUCACUAGCGAGUACUACUUCUACUUAUGUUCAAUGGAGUCCGUAUACAAUUGAUUUGCGUUGUCAUGUUAAUAAAUUUGGAAUUAGCCAAAUCAGUUCUCCAUCUCAUCCAAUUCAAGUAUAUUCUAAUGAUCAAAAUUAUUAUAUAAUUGUAUUUGCUCAACAAAAUAUUCAAUUAGAUCAUGAUAUUAUUUUAGAUAUGCAAUUAACUACAGAUCGAUCGAAUACAUUUGUUGCUGUUGAACCAGGUGCAGUGAUGGUAUCAUUUACACCGACUGAAAAUGACUUUCGACAUCUGAAAUAUCAACAUGGCCGAAUGAUGAAUGAAUUUAUUUUUAUUAUUGAUUGUAGUGGUUCAAUGAGUGAUAAUAACAAAAUUGGUCUAGCUCGACAAGCAAUUUCACUUUUUCUUAAGAGUUUACCUAUUAAUUCUUACUUUAAUAUUAUUCGAUUUGGAUCGAAAUAUAAAACUCUCUUUAAAGAUACUACAGAUCUUUAUAAUGAAGACAAUGCUGAAAAAGCGGAAGAAUACAUUAAAAAAAUCAAUGCUGAUUUAGGUGGUACUGAAUUGUUAAACUGUCUUCAAUGGCUUGAAAGUCAACCACCACGUGAAAGUCGUGCUCGACAAAUCUUUCUACUUACUGAUGGUGAAAUUUCUAAUGUCGAAGAAGUGAUUGAUCUCUGUCGAACAAUGGCUACUUCAACCCGUAUCUUUUCAUUUGGAUUAGGUUCAUCUCCUAGUCGUUCACUUGUUAAAGGACUAGCUCGAGCAACAAAUGGUCGCUAUGUUUUUAUUCCACCGAAUAGUAAUGUCGAUAUUUAUGUUGGUGAACAAUUACAGAAAGCACUUCAACCAUAUAUUAUGAAUAUUCAAGUCAAGUGGUCUUUAAAUAGAUUGGGAAUAACCAGUAUUCCAACAAAAAUCCCACCUAUUUAUGCUGGUGAACGUUUAAUUAUUUACGCUCUAGUUGAUGAUAAAUCUGCUCAAUUUGAUUUGAAAUCAAGUGUUGAAUUAACGACCGAACAAUAUCAAUUAAGUCAUAUAAAACUAUUUCAAGCGGCUAAUAUAGGUAAUAACAAUAUGAUUAGCAGAUUGGCUACGAAAGCACUUAUUCUUGAAUUACAACAUGCUAAACUACCCUCAUCCUCUUUACAAAAUCGAUUAUUAGAACAACAGUCGAAUGUAUCAGCGAAGGAUAACAUACAGAAACGUAUUAUUGAAUUAUCUCUUCAAUAUCAUAUUCUUAGUCCUCAUACGGCUUUUGUUGGUAUUGAAAAACGACUAAAUUCAAAUAAUGCUGAUAUGACUUUACGUGAAGUCCCAAUUCAAGUUUCAGCCGACGAUCACCAUUUAGACACACAUUUCCAGUCGAUGAGUUCAAGGAUUGUCAGCGCGUUGGAAAGAAGACUUGGUAUGGAUUUGAAUGGUGACAGUUACGUUGGUGGCUCAGGUUAUCUCGACAAGUUCGAGAGGAUCACUGCGCGUGAUAUCAAUGGUGACGGUUACGUUGGUCAAUUCUUUUCGAACUUGAAUCCUUCUCAAUACUCAACGCAGCAAAAUUCGGCAAAAUCAUUUUUGCGUCACCAACUGGCCAACUACGUUCAUGUUCCGUCAGUACAGUAUUCAACAGCUGCAAAUACGCGAAGUACGUUCUCAGAUCAUUCUGAAGAUCCACAACACACAUAUAAUCAAGAUACUGUUCGUUAUUUGAUCGCUCAGCAAAAGUUUGAUGGUAGUUGGAAUUUGGAUUCAGACAGUAUCAAACAAUUAACAGGACAUUCGUUAAGUACAUUUCAACAACUAGCACAUAAUCAAAUCAUUGUCUCAGCUAUUGUUAUUGUGGUUUUGGAAACACGUUUUGCUGCAUUCUCAUCAUUAUGGUAUGGUGUCGUGUUGAAAGCACGUGAACGUCUUCUCCAUCUUCUGGGCAAUGAUUCAAACAAACUUGAUGGUUUAUUUGGAGAAAUUCGCCAACGAUUAUAA